AUCAAGAAUCAAAUCAUUAAAUAAGCCCCUCUAAUAUCAACCAGAGAAAUAGACAUCAUCUAAAUCUAAGGAAAGCAAAUCACAGCACCAAUAUCAUCAAGUUUUGGGGUAGGAAAAUGGUUGCUGCAUUUACUUCCAUUAGCCCACACCCACUAUCUUCGUCUCUACAUCACAAGUUUCAACCUUCUCUUCUAGCCUACAGUUUGAGCUCUACCACUGAAUCUACUAAUUUAUCCAACAGAGGGAGAAACUCAAGCACCUAUGGACCCUUGAGAAUUCAAAACGCAGCAACCAAGCCAGCAAAGUCGCCAGCUGAAGAAGACUGGAAGAUAAAACGACAAGUUCUACUGGAGAAAAAGGUAAGAAGUGUCGACGUAAAGGAAGCAUUGCGACUUCAAAAAGAGAACAACUUCGUCAUUCUUGAUGUACGCCCAGAGGCAGAGUUCAAGGAGGCUCAUCCAGCAGGUGCUAUCAAUGUGCAAAUAUACCGGCUCAUAAAGGAAUGGACAGCAUGGGACAUUGCUAGGAGGGCUGCAUUUGCAUUCUUCGGCAUCUUCCAAGGAACAGAAGAGAACCCUGAGUUUAUACAAAGUAAGAUCUGUAGGAUAUUGUAUUCCUCUACCCUGCUUCUGCUAAAUAUAUACUCCCUCUAUGGGUGCCUAUUUUUUGCUUUUUCUUGCCAACCACAAAAUCGUUUACUAAGUCUACAACUUGCACAAUCAGGUGUAGAGUCAAAACUACCUAAGGAUGCUAAGAUUAUAGUGGCUUGUUCAUCUGGAGGAACAACAAGGCCAACGCAAAAUCUUCCAGAAGGGCAGCAGUCAAGGUCAUUUAUAGCUGCUUACUUGCUGGUGCUGAAUGGCUUUAAGAAUGUUUAUCACUUGGAUGGAGGAAUCUACAAAUGGUUUAAAGAAGACCUGCCAUUAGAAUCUGAAGAGUGAAAUUCGGUAAUAGAGAUGCUUUUGAAUAAACCUGAGUGUAGAUUUAAUGAACAGUAAACAGUUUCCUUAACAGAAUUGCUGCAAAUAUGUAAAUGGUUUCGGAAAUCAAUUGCCUGCACUUUUCUAUGUUCUAAAA